AUGUGGAAAUUGCCCAAGGAGAAAAACAAUAUUGUGCCAGCUUUGUGGUUGAGCUAUCGAUAUCUACAUUCACAUCUUAAGCGGUGUUUUGCAUAUUGCUCAAUCUUCCCCAAGGAUUAUGAAAUCAAUAAGGAAGAAAUCAGGCUGCGGAUGGCUGAAAAUCUUAUACAACCCCAAAGAAACAGGAAUACAGAAGAAGUUGGAGAAUUGGGAGAAAUUUGUUUGAGGUUUGAUGAUAUCAACUCAGAUAAGGUUCUAAGCAAGAUUCUUCAUGUGUCACAUGUGAAAGAAAACAUUCUUGUCAUGAACAAGUGUGUUAUCGAAGAGUUGCCAAAGCCAAUUGGGGAUUUGAAGUUCCUAAUGUACCUAAAUUUAUCUGAGACUCUAAUUGAAGAGUUGCCUAAUACAGUUUGCACUCUGUAUAAUUUGCAGACACUACUUUUGAAGAGAUGUGUAAGGCUUAGGUGGCUCCCAACCAACAUGGGAAGGCUAACCAAUUUUCGUCAUCUAGACAUUACAUCAACAGGCUUAGAAGAGUUUCCAUUAGAAAUUGGUAAAUUGAAAGGGCUUGAAAAUGUUGUUGAUGUUGCAGAUACCUUGGUCGGAAAUUCGAAAGACAAGAAGUACUUGACCAAAUUACAGUUCCUUUGGGAUUCUAAUCCUGAAGAAUCCCCAAAAACCACAAAGAUGAAUGGCAAGAGUGGUAGUUUGUUGGAGAAGGAGUUGCUUUCCCAAAUCUUAAGGAGCUACAUUUGGAAGAUUUUGAAAAUUUAUGAUAGCUGUGAUUCUAUGAGAUCUAUUGUCUUGGACUGCUUGCUAGUGCUUAGCAAGCUUGAUCUAGAGUUCUGUGUGAAUCUUAAGUCCCUUGAAUUUUCACAACAACCUUGGCCUGCACUUUAUUCUUUAAGAUACUUCAAGUUAACAACUUGCCCCAAGUUUGUCUCUUUUCCACCUGAAGGAUUGGCUGCUCCAAACAUUGAAGAGUUUCGCAUUGAAGAUUGCAAAAAUUUGAGGUCAUUGCCUGAAAACAUGAGCACCCAUCUUCCAUCUUUUCAAUCCAUAUUUCUUAUUAGUUGUCCACAGCUUGUUUCAUUUCCAGAAUGUGGAUUGCGACCAAAUAUAAAUAAACUCAAGAUUUCCUGGUGCAAUAAGCUUUUCCCCAAUCGCUUUCAGUGGGAUCUGCAAAGAUUCAAUUCUCUUAAGUUCUUGGAGAUCACUAGCAUAGAUGAAGAGUUGGAUUCAUUUCCGGAGGAGGGGUUGUUGCCAACCACUCUGGUUGAUCUCCAUAUCAUAUAUCUUCCUCACCUUAAGUCUCUGAAUGAUAGGGCCUUAAAACAACUUGACUCCCUUAAAAGCAUGUCAAUCUCUUCCUGCAAUGAGCUUUAG